CUUAGAUGGUCUGUUUCCAAUAUCACUAUUUUAUUCCUUUCAAUUUCUUCACUUCUCCCCAACCUAAUAGCUAUAUCAAAAAACAAUAGCAGUAGUAGUAGUACCACUGCUAGUAGCAGAGCUUUGCCAUUUCACUGCAGCAUUCUGACAAAACUCUGAGUUUACUCACCCUUCUCUUUAUCUUACCCAUUCCCCUGUUCCAAUAACCCAUCAUCAUCUUUUACAUUUUUUUUUUCCUUUAACAUUUCUCUUCUAGUGAUUUAAACUUAUAAAAGUUAGCCAUGGAUAUUGACAUGCUCAAAUCAGCAGCAUCUUCUGAAGAUCAAAUGGAAAUGAUGCUCAUGAUGCAAUUGGACAAAUUUCCCGACUUCUCUACUGGUAACUGUUCUGAAUUGCCAAUGAUGGAGUUUAGUCCACAAGGAAGUUGCAACAGCAACAAUAGCGGCGACAACAAUAAUUAUAAUUUCCAUCAAAUUGACCAAAAUUCACAAAGUUUCUUGAACAUGCCUUCGACAAUUUCAUUCACAAACUCUUCUCCAAUCCAUCAAAAUCCUAAUUUCUUAGCCAAUUCUGGUAGUAAUUCAGGUGCAUUUAAUUCGCAUUCGAUGAAUCGUAGCAACAUGGCAGCAAUGAGAGAAAUGAUAUUCAGAAUUGCAGCAAUGCAGCCAAUUAAUAUAGACCCUGAAUCUGUGAAACCACCAAAAAGAAGGAACGUAAAAAUAUCGACUGAUCCACAAAGUGUCGCAGCGCGUCAUAGGAGAGAAAGGAUAAGUGAAAGGAUAAGGAUUUUACAAAGAUUAGUACCUGGUGGUACAAAAAUGGACACUGCAUCAAUGUUAGAUGAAGCAAUUCAUUAUGUGAAAUUCUUGAAGAAUCAAGUGCAAUCACUGGAAAGAGCAGGUGCAACUAGGCCAGCUAAUGGUACUGCUGCUACUGCAGGAUUAGGAUUCCCUGUGCCAAUGUCUUUAAGUGGGAAUUAUUUGCCUGUGAGUUCAAAAAGUUAUCUGCCUAGUCCUCAUCAUCAUCAUCAAAAUAUUCAACAAUAUGCAGAUGCUUUGUUUGAUCAAAGAAACAGAAAGAAGUAGUUGUGUUAGUAGAAAUUGCAAGUGUGGGGUUGUAAAUUAGAAUUAAUGAAAGAAAGUGUCAGUGUCACUUGCGUUAUGGUCCUUUAGGCUUACCAUGCAUGUUGUAUUUGCUAGAAGAAUAAUGUUGUAUAACCAUGGUAUAUAAGGGUAAUAGAGCCCCUAUUGAGCUGUUAAUAAAAUUAUUUUCCUCAGAUCCUCUCU